UUAAUACAUUUGUAGUACGCGCUCAAAAGUGAAACCAAAAGUACAUUGUUAGAAAAAUAUUUAAGCUAUUUAAAAAUAUUUUCUAAGGAGCUCUAUUUUUACUUUUGGUGAAAAACAUUAAAUUAAUAUUAUUUUGUGCAAAAUGCGUCCCCCAUCUCAAUUUGGUGAGGAUAUUACCAAUCAGGCUAAUAAUGUUCCUGAUCCAAGAAUGGGUGCUAUGAUGAUCUGCACAAGAUUAGCCGGAAGAGCUAUUAUACGUGUCGUCGGGAGAUGUAAUGAAGCGCAACUAAACAAUAAUUUAGAUUUAUCUGAAUGCCAGUUAAUGCAAGUUCCUGAUGCAGUUUACCACCUAAUGAGAAAUACAGAGCUGAAGUCAUGUGACUUAAGUGGCAAUGAUAUUACGAAAAUUACACCAAAGUUUGCACUGAAAUUUAGUCUUAUUACCGAUCUGAACUUGUCUCACAAUCAGAUAUCCAAACUACCAGAUGAGAUUGUAGAUUUGAAAAAUCUUAUAAACCUCGACAUCUCUUAUAAUACCUUCAUUUCUCUUCCAAAUGCUAUAUUUAAGAUUCCAAAUCUACAAAAUCUCAAAGCUGGUCAUAAUCAUAUAAUAGAAGUGGAGGUUGACGAUAUAAAGGAGGCACCGUCAUUGCAGAUAUUAGAUAUUACAAAUAACCCAAUCGCACCAAAAUGCCAUGAUUGUUUAUCGUCGAUCUCAACUAUUAACGUUUUACUUACCCCAAAAGAAAAGGAAGACUGGGAAGACUUAACAAUAUAAAAAGGUUUAAUCGAGUUACAGAAAUGUACACUGCCAAAAGGAAUUAUAUUAACAAAUAAA